ACAAUCACGCGUCUUCUCAUUUCUAGUUUCUCAGCCUCCUCCUCCUUCUCUUCCUUCUUAUAUAUAAAUAUAUCCACAAAAUCAUCUCUUUUGCUUCGCUGUUUCUCUCAUUAUUCCAUCUCUCUUAUCGCCGCUACAAACGUUUCUUCUUCAACCUCGUUCAGAGAUUAUCCUCCCUUCUUUUCUCAUCUUACAAGGAAGUUGGGCAGUUAAAGCUGCUGGGAUCACCAGUUUUGUCAAAAGUGGAGUGUGAAGAAUCUUUUAUGUCUGAACAGGCUUCUCUCUUUCAAUCAUCUAUCCGGCUUUUAGGAGAGUACUGUCCUAUAUCUAGGAAAAAGUCCACUCAUAAAGUUGGUGGUUUGCGUUUUGAGGAGGACAUCACGAGCUGUAUUGGAUUUCAGUUUAUGCAACUGAGUGAUUAUCACUGCCUCUUCUGACAUCCCUUGUUUGUUUACGUUUGUUGAAUCAAGAUGGCUUUGCAAAACAUUGGUGCCUCCAACCGCGAUGAUGCCUUUUAUAGGUAUAAGAUGCCGAGGAUGAUGACCAAGAUUGAAGGUAGAGGUAACGGUAUCAAGACUAAUGUGGUUAACAUGGUUGAGAUUGCUAAGGCCUUGGGGAGACCUGCUGCUUAUACUACUAAGUAUUUUGGUUGUGAGCUUGGUGCACAGUCUAAGUUUGAUGAGAAGAAUGGGACCUCGCUUGUGAAUGGGGCUCAUGACACUUCCAAACUUGCAGGAUUAUUGGAGAACUUUAUUAAGAAGUAUGUUCAGUGUUAUGGAUGUGGGAAUCCUGAAACUGAGAUACUUAUCACUAAGACGCAGAUGCUUCAGCUGAAAUGUGCGGCUUGUGGGUUUCUCUCGGAUGUUGAUAUGAGGGACAAGCUAACGUCGUUUAUUUUGAAGAAUCCUCCAGAGCAGAAGAAGUCGUCUAAGGACAAGAAGUCGAUGAGGAGAGCUGAGAAGGAAAGACUCAGAGAAGGUGAAGCAGCUGAUGAAGAGAUGAGGAAGCUCAAGAAGGAGGCUGCUAGUAAGAAGAAAGCAGCGACCACGGGUACUUCGAAAGACAAAGUGUCGAAGAAGAAAGAUCAUUCUCCACCUCGAAGCCUGUCUGAUGAAAAUGACCAAGCAGACAGUGAAGAAGAUGAUGACGAUGUCCAGUGGCAAACAGAUACUUCCAGGGAGGCUGCUGAGAAACGUAUGAAAGAACAGCUCAGCGCGGUAACAGCUGAAAUGGUGAUGCUGUCUACAGUUGAAGAAAAAAAGCCAGUAGCUGAGGUGAAGAAGGCACCAGAACAAGUGCAUGAGAAUGGCAAUAGCAAGAUCCCUGAAAAUGCUCAUGAAAAGCUUGUGAAUGAGAUAAAGGAGCUUCUGAGCAGUGGUUCAUCUCCUACCCAACUCAAAACAGCCCUAGCUUCAAACUCAGCAAACCCCCAGGAGAAAAUGGACGCCUUAUUCUCUGCCCUCUUUGGAGGCACAGGCAAGGGAUUCGCAAAAGAGGUGAUCAAGAAGAAGAAAUAUCUCUUGGCCUUGAUGAUGAUGCAAGAAGAAGCAGGAGCUCCUGCGCAGAUGGGUUUGCUUAAUGGAAUUGAAUCCUUUUGCAUGAAGGCAAGCGCAGAGGCUGCCAAAGAAGUUGCUCUUGUUAUCAAAGGUCUUUACGAUGAAGACAUUUUGGAUGAGGAUGUGAUUGUUGAAUGGUACAAUAAAGGUGUCAAAAGCUCCCCGGUUUUGAAGAACGUGACUCCGUUCAUCGAGUGGCUCCAGAAUGCUGAGUCUGAGUCCGAGGAAGAGUGAUGCUGUGUUUCUUUUUCUUUGUGUGGUUCAAAAUUUGGUCUGCGUCUUGUGUGUGUCUUUCUGUCUGGUUCAGUGUGCGUCUUGAAUAAGGUAAGAGGACACUGGCAAAGGUUACUUCUACUUGUUAAGUAACACUAGUCACUGGUCUCUCUGUUGAUGGUUUGUUUAUGUUUUGUCCCUUUGUAUUUGUCAUGACUUAGACAACUUAUGUUGUAUAAGUUGUAUGCUUUGGUUUUAUGGUUACUACUUUUCUUAGAACUACUGUGACGAUUCCUUUGUGUUUAAUUCGAUUAAACAUAUUAGGUAUUGUUGAGGGUUACCAAAACAGAUCUUUGUUUCAAGUUGAUCCAGGGUUCUGUUUGAAAGUCUCUAACAUAUGAGGAUCUGGAUCGACAAUUUCACGAUCUUGUUUCUUUCUUCGACUACGAUCUCUGAUUUAAACUGUAAAUUUUGGCUAUAUCUCUCGAUUGAUCGCCAUAACUUAGGCCUAAACUUU